AUGCCACCGCAGCCAGUUCCUCAACAGGAAUAUGCGCGCGUUGUCCUAAUCAUUGUCCUUCUAUUCUUCCUCUACGCCUCUCCGGACCAAGGGCCACCUCCCGGCUUCCCUACAGCUCGCGAUUACGCUGCGGAACGAAUUGCUGUGUCACGACGUUCGCUCGACAUUCUGAAUAUCACGAAAUGGCAGGAUUUCUCUCCGAAGGGGCCGGAUAGCUCGAAGCAUGAGGCACCGAGAUAUUUGAACUUGACCGGAGGAAAGUGGCGGGCAGUUGAUGGUGGUGAGAAUGGGCUGAUGCCGGAUGUCUAUGAGAAUGUGACCGGCAUUGUGGCAGGGAGGUGGGUUCGGCAUACAGCAGACAUCAACGGCGAACCAAGGAAACGGGUCAUGAACCUCACGGAAAUCGCACCAGAGACCGAUUGGGCUUUUAGAGGAGAGGAGUACUGGAUCAGGAACAUCACUGGAAAUGAAGGCAAGCUGAUGCUGAAAUUGGAUGAGAAGCAGGCAGAGGAAAUAGGCUCUGUUGAAGACCUCCCGCUUUCACCUGUCAAUGCAGUCAGAUCAGCUGUCGCCACUAUUACAAUUCAAGACGAAACCAGUUAUGGCGAUGGAUGGGAAAUGAGGGUCCAUGGACUUCACUGGCCAAAGCAGGGAGUGAUGCUUUUCACAACAACGAGUGACAAAUUCCAUGGAAUUUAUGGAUUGCCCCAUCUAACUCCUAGCCGGGAGCACUAUCUUUCCAGUCAGAAACUCCUUAAUAGGACACUGGAAAAGGCCAUCGAAGGCAUGGAAAAUGCAAUCUGGGCUGACCCAGGCAACCCUUUCACCUCAAGUCCGGACAAUCAAGGAGAUGCAACAAUGCCGGUUCCGCAUUGCGAGUUGGUGGUAUAUGUUCAAGUCUAUCCACUGAAGGUCGACUUGGCUAGCGGUGCUGGACGUCUUGACCCGGCAAACAUUGUUCACCAGAUUGAGCAAGAGAUUCGAUUUCCAAACGGCGCUCCUAUUCCCGAUGCCCCUAAACUUCAAAUGUCUACGGUCAUGUUCUCCCCUGAUUGUGGAUUUGUGAUCGAGUCGAAAGGACCUCCAGACUUUUCGCCCGGAGAUGGGGAGCAUCUCUUUGGAAUGAAACAAGAGUUAUUCUUACAUGAUAUCCGGAGUUGGUUACAUAUAUUUGCUCUUGUGAUAUUUGCACAGAUUAUGCUCCUGAAGAUCCAGUCAAAAGAGGCUUCAACACCCUCUUCCUCUUUCGGCGCUAUCUAUGUGAAAUUCAUCCUUGGCCUCACCCUCCUCCUCUUCAUCUCCCUCUCCUCAACAUCCUGGCCCAUCCCCCUCCGCACUUUCUACGUAAACACGCUCUCCUUCAUCUACCUCUCUAUCUGGCUCCCGCAAAUCCGGCGGAACGUCAUCCGCAACUGCCGCAAAGCCCUGCUCUGGAAAUUCAUCAUCGGUCAAUCGAUUCUCCGCCUCUUACCCUUCGCCUACUUCUAUCUAAAAGAAGGUAACAUCUUGUUUGCAGAGACGGAUUGGAAGGCGUUCUGCGUAUUGGCUGGCUGGGUAUGGGUGCAGAUCUGGGUUCUCGUUGCGCAAGAGAUUAUGGGCCCGAGAUGGGGACUACCCAAGAAUUGGUAUGAAGAAGGAUGGGAUUAUCAUCCCAUUCUUCGGGAAGAUAAUGUUGAGGCUGGCGGGCUGCCUAUCGGCCUUGUCCAAAUCCCAGGUUCUCCAACUUUGGAGAGGACGAGAACGAGUGAGGAGCUGGGGAGGAAGAAGAGGGAUGGUGGGGUUAGGAGUGUGGAUUGUGCGAUCUGUAUGCAGGUGCUUGAGGUGCCUGUUGUUGGUGCAGGAGAGGAUUCCAACGCGAAUGCGGGAGGAGUGACGGGCAUGUUGGCUAGGAGGCUGUAUAUGGUUACCCCUUGCAGGCACGUUUUUCAUAGUGCUUGCCUUGAGGGGUGGAUGAGGUUUCGGCUGCAGUGCCCGAUUUGUAGGGAGAAUUUGCCCCCAUUAUAA